AUGAUGGGAGAUCCAGCGACAACACAAGCCGCUUUGGCCUUCCUCAUGAGCUGUCAAGGAUCACCAGCUGGACCACAAUACAGCAUUGACUCGUUGCUAAGAACAGCCGCCUCGAUGACAAAUGCUCCCGUCGAGUCGAACUCGUCUACUCCAGACAACGCUGGGAUUCUUGGAGAAGAGCUAACCAUUUGCUCUGUAUGCAAAGAUGAAGCCUCCGGAAGACAUUACGGAGUUGUAGCCUGUUUUGGUUGCAAGGGAUUCUUCCGACGAACCGUUCGAGCCGGAAAGACCUACGUUUGCCGUUAUGAGCAAAAGUGUCGAAUUGAUAAAGCCGGUCGCAAUGUGUGCCGCUCGUGUCGCUUCCAGAAAUGCCUCGAAGUCGGAAUGGAGCCCGAUGCUAUCCGACCUGACCGCGAUAAAACAGGACGUCAAAAGAAUCCCCGAAGAACACAUGGACCGGGAAUGAUCGAAAAUGAGGACAGCAAGACCCCUGUGCCCCAUAAUGGAAGUGGACAUGACAAUGAAGAUGAUGCUCGUACUUCACCCUCAAGUGGAGCCAACUCGGCGCCAAUCUCGGUCUCAGCCAUAGACGAGAAUGUUCUGUCAACUCUUCGUGAAGUUGAGCUCAUCUGCAACUCACUCCGAGACGCCGUUCCAAUGUCACCAAAGAAAUCGUUUGAUCUCUAUGAUGCUAUUCAUCGUCCAUCACUUGUUUCAGCCCGAUCACCGCUGCAAUUCAACGGUGCUGAAGGUUCAUGCGAUCUUCGUUCAUUCAAUUACAAUGUUCGUCGAUUACUCGUCAGCUCACUUGACUACAUGAACACAUUGAAACCGAUCGCUGAUUUGAGUGAGGAUGAAAAGAUUCUUCUCAUUCGCAACAGUGCUCCAUCACUGGCUCUCCUUGUCUCAUCAUUUUAUACGAUCAAAGCAGAGGCUCCAAAGGGGACAGUCUAUCUUCCAAAUGGACACACAUUCACAACGGAGACAAACCUUUUCACUGAACGAUUCAAUGGGGAAGACUCAAAGAGAGCUCAACUCUUGAUGAACCGUGUCGAAUCUGUGAAAUCGUUGAUCAUCGACCAAAUCUUGUCAUCGAUUCGACGAAUGGCUCCAAAUGAUCUCGAGUUUGUUGCCUUGAAAGCAAUCAUCGCCUUGGACACAAACAUUCCCGGAUUGUCCGAAGAGGCUCAAGCCACACUCACCGUUGCUAGAGAAUCUGUGCAAACCGCUCUCUUCGGCCAUCUCCAAACUCGUUUCUCACAAAGCGAGGCCACUGCUCGUUUCGGUCAUUGCUUCAUGAUCGCCGCUUCUCUUGCCAAAGCUGGAGCUCACAUCACAGGCAUCAUGAACUUAAGUCGAGAUUUGGGUCUUGGAAUUGAUCCAGUCAUCGAUCAGCUUCUUCUCCAAAACUUCGAGCUUUCUUCU